AUGGGUCCCAUAGGGGGGAUCCUGUCAGUUGCGGGCCUCAUUGCUGCACCCUUUACAUUUGGGGCAGGAAUCGUAGUGUCCCUUGUUGGGACAGGAAUAGGUGGCGCGGGAGGACUGGUUAUGUCUGGCUCCAAAGUCGUUGAUAUAAUCUUGGAAAAAUUGGGACUCAAAGAAGUGCAAGCGGCAAUUGAGGACGAUUGUGAAGCUUGUAGUGAGCUCCAAAAACAUUUAGAUUCCUUAGAGAACUUCAUCUCUAGCUUAGCAGAGUUCCUUAAACCACUGCAUGAUGACGCGGUUUUGCUCAGAGAAUUAGAAGGAAGUGGACUUGAAUUUCUUAGUCAGCGGAUAUCCUAUGAAGAGAUCGGCGCGUCCACCGAAGAGGGGAGUAGAAUUCGGUGCCAGGUUCUUCAGAGCAGCCACUUCCGCAGCCACAAUAGAGGAUGUUAGCAUCGACAACGAGUACGAGUUCUAGAACGAGAUCAGCGAUUUUGCGUACUGCGCAUCCGUUCUGCGCAUCUCCACGUUUUCAAGUCGUCCUGUCAAGUUGCACUACGACGAGUUCUCACCAAAAACUCGAAGUGGGUAGAACGACUGGGAAGAGCUGGUUUUCAAAGGUAAAUCCCGAUCGUUUAAUGCAGUUUCUUUUCGUUUCUAGCCUCUCUUUAUCAUCUUGAACAUUCCUUAUAUUAUGUUUUAUGUAAAAUACUGCUUUUGAAGUCGAGGAAAAGCAACCGAACACGAUAUUUCCUACACAGAGUAAAUUUGCAUUUACCCGGGAAAGUUUCAUGUCUCUCCACAGGCCUCACAGGCUCACGAAAAUUAAAUGACCCUUACUUCGACUCAAAUUUGGCGCCCAGUCAUGCGGAAUCCCAUAAUUUUAUUUUCUAUAAACUCGAACUCGGUGUCAUCGCUAACAUAGAAAGCUGAGAAAACGACUUCGAGUACGAGUGCGGCUUGAACUCGUUCUCGUACUCGUAGUCGUUGUUGAUGCUAACAUCCUCUAAUAUCUCCAUCAUCGGCCGCUACUGCAGGCGCUGUAGCCAGAAGUGCGGCUAUGGCGGGGACGCGCGCGGUACACGUUGCUGGUUCUGUAAUCAGCGCCGCUCUGUUGCCGCUGGGUAUGACGUUACUCGUCAAAUCAUUUUUGGAGCUGCAUCGUGGAUCCACAUCUGCAGCUGUACAAGAUAUCCGGCGGAUUCUUGACGAACUUGAAUGCCCAGAUAAAGAGGAGAUCCAAGGUCUGGUGGAGAGCUUCAUUGAUGAGAAAUUUACCGAGGCGUAUAAUAAGAUGGACGAUGAAAAGAAACAGGAGAAGAAUCAAGACAGUGAUGAUAGUAACGAGCAGAAUAAACAAAAUGAUGAC